AUGGCUUCUACUUAUUUUUCUACUUGUUUGGUUUUAUUGUUCUUCUUGGUUGUAGCUGGGUUUGAUGCCUGCUCGGCUAGCCAGAUUGGUUUGGGUUCUAGGCUGUUGGCUAGAGAGAACCAAACACUGGUCUCAGAUAAUGGCACAUUUGCUUUUGGCUUCACUCCAACGGCUGAACACGACAGAUUUCAACUGGCAAUUUGGUUUGCAGAGCAUCCCGGGGACCGAACCAUAGUUUGGUCUGCUAUAAGAAACGCUGAUGUCUCCAACAAUGCAAUCCUGGAGCUGGACACAACCGGAAACCUUGUACUCAUGGACGGAGAUGCUACCGCGUGGACAUCAAACACCUCUGGCGCUGGUGUUGAAGGCGCAACCCUGGCAGAAUCCGGCAACUUCAUUCUCUACAACCGUGUCAACCGCCCUGUUUGGCAGAGUUUCUCACACCCAUCUGAUACUCUCCUCCCAAACCAACCUCUUUCAGUCUCUUUAGAGCUCACUACUUCUAAAUCACCCUCACAUGGUGGUUAUUAUGCACUCAAAAUGCUUCAACAGCGCACUUCUUUAAGCCUUGCCUUGACUUACAAUAUGCCAGAAACUUUAUACAAUUCCUCCCCUGAAUCUUACUAUAACUAUUCUUACUGGAAUGGACCAGACAUAUCAAAUGUGACUGGGGAUGUUGUCGCAGUUUUAGACGAAGCAGGAAGCUUUGGAAUUGUAUAUGGGGAGUCAUCUGAUGGAGCUGUUUAUGUGUACAAAAAUGAUGGUGAUGAUGGAGGACUAUCAGCAGCAUCAAACAUAUCAAACAUAUCAAACAGAUUAUCAGUUCUUCGGAGGCUGACAGUUGAGAGUAAUGGGAAUUUGCGUUUGUAUCGUUGGGAUGAUGAUGUUAAUGGGACAAGGCAAUGGGUGCCAGAGUGGGCUGCAGUUUCAACACCAUGUGAGAUUGCUGGAAUUUGUGGCAAUGGGAUAUGUAAUUUGGACAGGAGCAAGACUAAUGCUUCUUGCUCAUGCCUGUCAGGGACUUAUAAGGUGAAUGGGGAAAGUCAGUGUUCAGAGAAUUCAUCAUUGAUACGAAAAUGUGAUUUACGGAAUAAUUAUCAGCCAUCCCAGUUUAGAAUUUCAACGGUGCAGCAAACCAAUUACUACUUUCCAGAAUUUUCAGUCAUAGCAAACUACAGUGAUGUUGAGAAUGUAUCAAAGUGUGGAGAUAUUUGUCUACAUGAUUGUGAAUGUGUUGCUUCAGUUUACGGGCUUGAUGAUGAAAAGCCUUACUGUUGGGUUUUGAGGAGCAUGGAUUUUGGUGGUUAUGGGGACCCUGGCUCGACCCUGUUUAUGAAGGUUAGGUCUAAUGUCUCAGUGACACCAGAGGGCAAUGCUAGAGGAUCCGGGGAGUCUUCAAAGGGGUCUAGUAAUCGGCGAGAAAAGGUUUUGGUUAUUCCUAUUGUUCUCAGCAUGACCUUCCUUAUAGUCCUCCUCUGUUUGUUGCUAUAUUACAAUGUGCAUAGGAAGAGAUCUUUGAAGAGAACCCUGGAGAGCUCAAUAAUCUUGUCUGGUGCUCCACUUAAUUUUAGUUACCGUGAUUUACAAAUUCGUACCUGGAAUUUUUCACAGCUUCUUGGAACUGGUGGCUUUGGGAGUGUGUACAAGGGAAGCCUUGCAGAUGGCACUUUGGUUGCAGUAAAGAAACUUGAAAGGGUUUUGCCGCAUGGAGAGAAGGAGUUCAUAACUGAAGUGAACACCAUUGGCUCCAUGCAUCAUAUGAACUUGGUUCGUCUGUGUGGCUACUGCUCCGAGGGCUCACACCGGCUUUUAGUUUAUGAGUUCAUGAAAAAUAGGUCACUGGACAAAUGGAUAUUCUCCUCAAAUUAUUCCCGAGACAAGCUGCUGGAUUGGCAAUCACGCUUCAAUAUAGCUGUGGGUACUGCACAGGGAAUUGCAUAUUUUCAUGAGCAAUGCCGAGAUCGAAUUAUACAUUGUGACAUCAAACCAGAAAAUAUUCUGCUGGAUGAAAAUUUCUGUCCUAAAGUUUCUGAUUUUGGACUAGCUAAGUUGAUGGGAAAAGAGCACUCACAGGUUGUUACCAUGGUCAGAGGAACUAGAGGCUAUUUGGCUCCAGAGUGGGUGAGUAACCGGCCUAUAACUGUGAAGGCUGAUGUUUAUAGUUAUGGCAUGCUUCUCCUAGAGAUCGUUGGUGGUAGAAGGAACCUUGACAUGUCAUUUGAUGCAGAGGACUUUUUCUAUCCUGGAUGGGCUUUUAAGGAGAUGACAAGUGGAAAUCCCAUGAAAGUUGCAGAUAGGAGACUAGAAGGAGCUGUGGAAGCAGAAGAACUCAUGAGAGCCUUGAAAGUUGCCUUUUGGUGCAUUCAAGAUGAGAUUAUCAUGAGACCUACAAUGGGGGAUGUGGUGAGAAUGUUGGAAGGAUCAGUGGACAUCAACAUGCCUCCAAUGCCCCAGACAGUUUUGGAGUUAAUUGAUGAAGGCCUAGAUCAUGUAUACAGAGCAAUGAAGAGAGAGUUCAAUCACUUCAGCUCCUUCACCAUCAAUACCCAUCCUUCUUCAUCGCAAGCUACAUGUAGUUACUCCACAAUGUCCCCUAGAUAG